AUGAAGGAAGAGUAUACUGCGUUUAGAAUAAUAACACAAGUAAUGAAUAUUUUUAAAGAGAAUAGAUUGCCUAUUUAUCUUAAGAAUUAUAAGAUAUUCAUAAUUAGUGAAGACUGUGGAUUGGUUGAAAAUAUUGUUAAUACAAAAAGUAUAAGUAAAAUUAAAUCUCAAUAUGGAUCAUUAAUGAAAUACUUUGAUGAAUCUUAUUCUGAUUUAAAUAAGGCAAAGAAUAACUUUCUUUACUCAUUAGUUGGAUAUUCAUUAAUUCAAUAUCUUCUAUUACUUAAAGAUAGACAUAAUAAUAAUUUAUUAAUAGAUGAGUUUGGGCAUAUUAUACAUGUAGAUUUUGGAUUUAUUUUAGGAAAAUAUCCGGGUAUUUAUGGAGUUGAAGUAGCUCCAUUUAAAUUUAGCAGUGAAUAUCUUAAUAUAAUUAAUAUUCACGAGUUUAAGAUUUUAUUUACUGAGGGAUUUAAAUGUUUAGUAAAAAAUAAAGAAUUAAUACCUGAGGUAAGUGAAAGACUUGUAUUAAAUGAUUUAUCAGUUGAAGAUUUUGUUGAUCAGUUGAUUUCUAAGUCUGUUGGUAAUUACUUGACAAUAUUUUAUGAUCAAUUACAAUACUUUCAGAAUAAUUAUUAUUAUUAA